CAUCAUGGCACUUCCUCCUUUCCACCACCAAUUUCCUUAGCAGAAAUGGGCGUCGCACAUCAUACAACACCGAAGAAGUGUCAGAUUCAGGGCACAGUCCAUUUUCUUCGUUCUACUGGCCAACUUGGCCAAGGGAGGCUCUUUGCUAAGGAGCAGGUCUUUCGACACUACAACGUCAGCCAUGCCACUGGGCAUCGUAUCCUCCGAGAGGCACAAGAUCAUCCUACCCUCGAACCACGAACCUUCCAUUCAAACUACAUUGAAACCCGUGGACGGAAGAAGAAGCUCGACCAUCAAGCUCUCCUACAAAUUGAGAGAUGCAUCGAUCAAGGAGGUUUUGACGGCCGGACUGUCCCAUGGGAAGCCAUUCCAAGUGCUGCAGGCCUCGACAUUGAAGUGUCUGCUCGAACCCCGUGUGAUGUUGGAGAGAUACCCGGAGCCAAAAGAUUGGUACCGGGUAAGAUUCUCUGAUGAAUGUCACUUUGGCUGGGGUCCCGAGGGCAAGAUCUGGGUGUUACGGCGGCCCUGGGAGAGGUUUUGCCCUGACUGUAUGGUCGAAAAGCAAGCCCCGGCUGAGAAGAAUCUUCAAGAGCUCCAUUGUUGGGCUGCCGUUGGCCAUGACUUCAAGAGCCCCUUAGUCUGGUAUGACGUGCCUAGCAACAACAAUGGUAAGCUGACGAUGCAAGCCUACCGGGACCAGAUUCUCGAGCCAGUGGUGGGCUCUUGGCUUCGGGCGGGCCAUUCUUUCGUGUUGGAGGAAGACAACGACUCUGGGCAUGGCGGCAGAAAGCGGUGCAACAACAUUGUCAACCGAUGGAAGGAGGAAAAUGGGCUUGAGAGCUAUUUCAACUGCCCGUUGAGCCCAGAUUUCGUGCCCAUUGAAAGAGCUUGGCAGUUGCCCAAGCAAUACAAAUGGAAGGAGCCUUAACAGGGCAUUAGAUUGCAUCUGAAAGUAUUGAAAUUGGCCGCGUUUUGACCGAGUUGUGGUG